CGUUCAUGUCCGUCUCACGACGGCGACGACCACGCCUCUUCCUCUCCCUUCCCUCUUCCCAUCCUCGUCGACCACCUCGGCAGCUCGAAGACCGCUCAGGUGGCAUAUCGGGUCGCCAUGAACAGACGAGAGUCCACCGGUACUACUCGUCAGCGGCUGGAGGCCGUCGACGACCUCACGACGCUCGCUCCGGUGAACGAGGACAUCAUCGUAUCAUGCAUCCGCGAACGGUUCAUGACCGACAACAUCUACACUAGCCUUGGGACUUCUGCUGUUGUCGCUGUUAAUCCUCACAAGUAUGUCUCCAGUAAUUCCGACGCAGUGCUGCACAAGUAUGCUGCCGAAUACCGUGACACUUCUCCUGGCAAGACGCGUCUACCCCCGCACAUCUUUCAGCUCGCCAACAAUGCCUACUAUCAUAUGCGGAGGACGACUCAGGACCAAUCAAUUCUCUUGACCGGAGAGACUGGUAGUGGCAAGUCGGAGAACCGUCGUUUGGCGAUCAAAACGCUGCUCGAGCUCAGUGUGAGCCAGCCAGGGAAGAAGGGCUCGAAGCUCGUCGGCCAAGUCCCCGCCGCCGAGUUCGUUCUCGAGACGUUCGGAAACGCACGCACACUUUUCAACCCCAAUGCCUCGCGGUUUGGCAAGUACACCGAGCUGCAGUUCACCGAGCGUGGCCGCCUCUGCGGUAUGAAGACCCUGGAUUACUACCUGGAACGCAACCGCGUCGCCGGGGCGCCCUCGGGUGAGCGGAACUUCCACAUCUUCUACUACCUCGUCGCUGGGGCAUCGCCGGAGGAGCGACAGCACCUCCACCUGCACGAGAAGACCACGUAUCGCUACAUCGGCUUGCGCAAUGCGGGCGGCCGUGGGGCUGGGAGUGCUGGACGGAGCGAGGACGCCGUGAGGUUUGACCAGCUAAAAAUGGCGCUCAAGAACGUUGGCUUCUCGAAACGGCAUGUUGCGCAGACCUGCCAGCUAGUCGCCGCGAUUCUUCACCUGGGCAACCUCGAGUUCACCAUCGAUCGCUUCCGUAAUGAAGAGGCCGCCGUCGUCCGAAACACUGACGUCCUCGACAUUGUCGCCGACUUCCUCGGCGUACAACCUUCCGCUCUCGAAGCGUCUUUAUCAUAUCGGACAAAGCUCGUGAAAAAGGAGGUCUGCACGGUCUUCCUGGACCCCGAUGGUGCCUCAGACAACCGAGACGAGCUCGCGAAGUCGCUGUACGCUUUGCUCUUCGCGUGGCUCAACGAGCAUAUCAACCAGCGCCUCUGCCGCGACGACUUCAACACGUUCAUUGGCCUCUUCGACCUGCCCGGUCCUCAGAAUCUCACCAGCCGACCGAAUUCCCUCGACCAGUUUUGCGUUAACUUCGCGAACGAGCGGUUGCAGAACUUCAUCCAAAGAAAGCUGUUCGAGAGCCACGUCGCCGAGUACAACAGUGAAGGGAUCUCCCGCUAUGUCCCACAGGUACCCUACUUUGACAACUCGGAAUGCCUCCGCUUGCUGCAGAACAGGCCGGGCGGCCUCAUCCACAUCAUGGACGACCAGGCACGUCGCAUGCCGAAGAAGAGCAGCCAUACGAUGGUCGAGGCGUUCACGAAGCGGUGGGGCAACCACUCUUCAUUCAAGGCGGGAUCCAUUGACCGUACGGGCUUCCCGACGUUCACGGUCAACCACUUCACCGGCCCGGUCACCUAUUCGUCGGAGAACUUCCUAGAGCGCAAUCUCGAGGCACUCAACCCUGACUUCGUCUCCCUCCUGCGAGGCACGAGCGCGGGCGAGGGUCCUCCGGCGGACGGUUCCGGAUCAUCAAAUCCCUUCGUUCGCAGCCUGUACUCAGGCAAGGCGAUCGCGACGCAAGCGCACCCACGCGACGAGGACACCAUCGUGUCCGCGCAGCAGCCUGUGAAGCCCAUGCGCGCGCCGUCCGUACGCAGGAAGGGCACCAUCAAGCGCAUGCCGACCGUCAGGGAAAGCGGCGAGGUCGACGAGAAGGACCGUGAUGACGAGGAGCCGCUAGGUACGGCAGUACAGGCCAGCGGGCCACCGUGUGUGGCGGGCGAGUUCCGGUCUGCGUUGGACACGCUGUUCGAGACGCUGGAGGAAACACAGUCGUGGUACGUGUUCUGCGUCAACCCCAACGACUCCCAGCUCCCGAACCAGCUCGAGGGCCGCUCGGUCAAGGGCCAGGUCCGAGGCCUUGGCCUCGCGGAGGUGGCGAAGAGAUGUAUGUCUAUGUUCGAGGCGAACAUGACACCCGAGGAGCUCGUAGAUCGUUACAGUGGGCACCUCGCGGUGCUCAAUGUGCAUGAAGGCGAACCGCGGGAACGCAUAGAGCAAGCACGUACAGCACUGGGUCUUGAUGAGAAAGAUAUCGUGCUCGGUAUGAGCCAGGUCUACCUCUCGCAACAUGCGUUCCACGCGCUAGAGGACGAUCUGCGUUCGAAGGACACCGAGGAGCAGAAACGUAACAGGAUGCGGGAUGCGGAAGCAGAGGCCGGGCUCGGCCCACGAGCUCUCGGCGAUCCGUACGCACCGUACCUGACUCCCGACGCCGAGUCUCCUUACGAGGGCGGUUACAAUGAUCCGUUCGGGCAGUCUAACCAGCAGCUGCCGCUCGUGCAGAACGCCUCUCCAUUCCAGCGCGGGGACAUGUACGACGACUUCGACGAGAGGAAGUCAUUGCGCAGCGACGACUAUGAUGGACGGAGCGCAUACACGAGCCAUCGCGACGUGGAGACUGCGUCAGCCUACACCGAGUCAUACGCACCAUCUCGUAACAUGUUCCAAGACGCAGACAAGAAAGGCCUCCUCUCCGGUAAGGAGCCUCUCGCUGGAGAAAUCCAGGAAGGCGAGACGACGGAGGUUCUCAAGGAGAGCACACUGCGCCGGCGGUGGGUGAUGAUAUGCUGGAUGCUCACGUUCUGGAUACCUACUCCGCUGCUCGCAUGGGUCGGUCGGAUGAAGCGUCCUGACAUCCAACAAGCGUGGCGAGAGAAACUGGCGCUCAACAUGCUCAUCUGGUUCGUCUGUGGUUGUGUCGUCUUCGUCAUCGUCAUCUUCGGUGGUCUCAUUUGUCCAACGGCGCAUGUGUUCUCGACGAGCGAGUUGCAGGCGCAUUCGUACAAGAACAGCCCGAAUAACGUAUACACCUCGAUUCACGGCGAAGUCUUCGAUCUCACAGAAGUCGCCGUGACGCAUCUGACUGUCGUACCCGUCGUAGCGGAGAAGUCGGUCCUCAAUUAUGGCGGUGUAGCCUCGGAUGAUCUCUUCCCAAUUCAGGUUAGCGCGCUUUGCAAUGGUGUCAGUGGUUCUGUGAGCCCCUACAUCCAACUCAGUUCGGCCAACCAAACGGACGUCAACGCGCAAUAUCACGACUUCCGCGCAUGGACUGAUGACUCUCGACCUGACUGGUACUUCGAGCAGAUGGUGCAGAUGCGCUGGAACAACCGAGUUGGCUGGAUGGGCUACACGAUGUCUGAUCUCAGCAACAUGGCGAACAAGGGCAGCGCUGUUGGCGUUUACGACGGUAUCAUCUACGAUCUCACCAACUACAUCACGUCCCCGCCGUCAGUCGCUCCGCUUAACAACGAGGUGCUCCCGUCCGGUACGAAUGUCGACACACAAUUCAUGAGCCCAGACGUCGUUAGCGUUUUCCAGUAUAACUCAGGGCAAGACGUGACGAAGAGGAUCAACAGCCUCGGUUUGGACUCUCAGGUCCUUACGUGGCAAAAGACGUGCCUCCGCAACCUAUUCGCCAUCGGCAGGGUCGACACGCGCAAUUCGCCGAAGUGCCAGUUCGCUACUUACAUCCUGCUUGCGUUGUCUAUCGUCAUGGUCAGCGUCAUUGGAUUCAAGUUCAUCGCCUCGAUUAACUUCGGCUCGGAGCGCGCACCUGAAGACCAUGACAAGUUCGUCAUCUGCCAGGUUCCCUGUUACACGGAAGGCUUCCAGUCACUCCAGCGGACAAUCACCUCUCUCGCGAAGCUGAAGUACGACGACAAGCGUAAGCUCCUCCUGAUCGUUUGCGAUGGUAUGGUCGUCGGUUCCGGCAACGACCAGCCGACCCCUCGCAUCGUCUUGGAUCCGCUCAGCUUCUUGUCCCUUGGUGAGGGCGCGAAACAACACAAUAUGGGUAAGGUGUACUCUGGACUCUACGAGACAGCCGGCCAUGUCGUUCCCUACUUGGUCGUUGUCAAGUGCGGCAAGCCCGGCGAAAAGUCGAGACCUGGCAACCGUGGUAAGCGUGAUACACAGAUGUUGCUCAUGCGCUUCUUGAACAAGGUCCAUUUCAACGCUCCGAUGAACCCGCUGGAGCUCGAGAUGUAUCACCAGAUCAAGAAUGUCAUCGGUGUCAACCCGUCGUUCUACGAAUACGUCUUCAUGAUCGAUGCCGACACUACGGUUGAGCCGUUGUCGCUCAACAGGCUAAUCUCGGCUAUGGUGCAUGACAAGAAGGCGAUCGGUGUUUGCGGAGAGACUGAGCUGUCGAACGCCAAACAGUCCAUCGUGACUAUGAUGCAGGUCUACGAAUACUUUAUCUCGCACCACAUGGCGAAGGCAUUCGAGUCCCUAUUCGGUUCCGUCUCUUGUUUGCCGGGUUGUUUCACGCUCUAUCGUCUGCGUACGCCCGACACACACAAGCCGCUGUUCAUCUCGAACCAGAUCAUCGACAACUACUCCGAAAACCGCGUCGACACGCUGCACAUGAAGAAUCUGCUGCACCUCGGAGAAGAUCGAUACCUCACGACGCUGGUCAUGAAACACUUCCCGAUGUACAAGACGCUCUUCAUUCGGGACGCGCACGCGUACACGGUCGCGCCAGACGACUGGAAGAUUCUGCUGUCGCAGCGUCGGCGUUGGAUCAACUCAACGGUACACAAUCUCGGAGAGCUUGUCUUCUUGGAGCAGAUGUGUGGAUUCUGCUGUUUCUCGAUGCGGUUCAUCGUCAUGAUCGACUUGGUCUCGACGCUCAUCCAGCCCGUCACGGUUGCCUACAUUGUCUACUUGAUUUACCGCGCGGUCGGCGAAAAACAAGGCAUCCCAGUCAUUUCAGCCAUUAUGAUUGCUGCCGUCUACGGUCUGCAGGCACUAGUGUUCAUUUUGCGCCGCAAGUGGGACAUGAUCGGGUGGAUGGUGUUCUACAUCCUUGCCAUCCCGAUCUUCUCGUUCUUCCUGCCGCUGUAUUCGUUCUGGCGCAUGGACGACUUCUCGUGGGGUGCCACGCGUGUCGUCUUGGGCGAGGCUGGUAAGAAGCUGGUUGUGCACGAUGAAGGCAAGUUCGAUCCGAGGGAAAAUGAACUCUGGGACAAAGAGUCCAACCACAGUAUCGGCUCGUGGGUGCCUCCGACCAAGAUGAUGCACGAAGGAUACGCCGAGUCGCGCACCGGGUCCAUCUACGGCCGCGAGACGUUCUACGAGCCCGCCAUGUCCCGUGCGUACUCGCCAUCGCCCUCGCAGGCCAACAUGAUGAUGUACCCGCCGCCGGGCUACCACUCGGGGCGGAACACGCCGACGAUGUCCGUUGUGGGCUAUCCCGCACCUAUGGGGGCUCCACCAAGCGGGCUCUACCAGCCGACGCCGUCGCGGCCAGCGAGUAACUACAUCGGCGUGGACAUUCCGCGGACGCAGACGCCGGAACAGGCGGGCUACUUCGACGGGCCGUCGGAUGCGGAGAUCGACCGCGCGGUGGAGGACAUUCUGCGCAACGCGGACCUCGCGACGACGACGAAGCGCGAGAUCCGGACGAGGCUGGAGCAGCGCUUCGGCAUGGACCUGUCCGCGCGCAAGCGUGCGGUGAACGAGGCGAUCGACAGGGUGCUGCUCGCGCGCGCGGGCUGA